AUGCCAUUCACUGCGGAGGAUUUCAACAGGGCCAUGGCCCCCUCAACAGACGAGCGGAGGACAUACAAGGGCAACUGUCACUGCGGCAACAUCCGGUUCAUGAUCAACAACAUCGCGCCCCUGGAGAAGGGCAAGGCCGUCCGCUGCAACUGCUCGAGCUGCGUCAAGCAUGGCUACCUGCUCGUCUACCCAAGGAUCGAGGACGUCGUCUUCACCCACGGCAGCAUGGACUCGAUGUCCGAGUAUCGCUGUGCCACCAUGUCUCGGCCGCAUAAAUUCUGCGGGAACUGUGGCACGCCAGUCAUGAUCCAGCUGGAGCAUGGAGACACACCCCACCUGCGAGAGAACAUCGCCGUUAACGUAGGUCUUGCUUCUCCUCGUUCUCUUCAGACCGCUGCUGACAAGCUGUAUAUAGAUCCGAACCCUGGAAGACGUCGACGAAGUACUGGACAAGAUCCAAUUUCUGGAAUUCGACGGGAAGCACGAGAUUGGGGAAAAGUAUACCCUGCCUCCUGUCUAGCCAGACCAGGGCCUGACCAUCCACUCUCCUCUCAUGUCAGCCCUGCCGUGUUGUGCUGUCCGGCGUCAACAAUCUCCAUUCAUGCGGUGCAAUCCCAUCCCUUCUCUCCUGCUGUAUGCUGCAUGCACUCCGCAAAACUGCCUGCCCAACGCUCUCCUCCCGGCGCCGAAACAGGCUGCCCUGUCAGCGUCUCUUCUGCUCUUGCUGCGUCUUCCUCGUCUUUUGCUGCCCAAAACGAAGAAAAUAAAUAA